ACUGACCCGAGUCCCCUGCACCAACCCCCCCAGUGCCAGUCCUCCACCCCAAAUGCCUCAGUGCCAGCCCCCGUCCCUUAGAGCCCCCUACCACUAGACCCCCCCAGUGCCAGCCUCCUUUUUCCAGAGCCCCAUUGCACCCAACCCUUCCAGAGCUCUCCCCAGUGCCAGUCCCCAAUAUUAGCCCCAUCCCCGGAGCCCCCCAGUGCCAACAAUGCUCUGAGAGCCCCCCACUACUAGCCCCACUCCCAGAACCCCCCAGUGCUACCCCCUGCCUCUUAGAGCCCUCCAAUCCCAGAACUCUCUAGCAUUAGCCCCACUCCGCUCACCUUGCCCUGCACUGCCUCCCAGCUCUUACCUGAGCACUGCUGUCUGCAUCAUGACAGCUCUGGGGGCCUCCCCUCCUGCCACAGCUGUUGGGAGAGGUGUGUCCUGUCUUGCCUCUCAGCCAACCAGUGUCGGGCAGGGGCGGGGUCUCCUCCCAGCUCUGGAAGAGUGCUUUACUGUGUGGCACAGCAGUGUGCCGGGCUCCGUGUGGCACUCCCACUGUCAGCGAACUGCUCUUCCGUGGCCGGGAGAAGAUCUGGCCCCUGCCUGGUGCUGGUUGGCUGAGAAGCGGGGAGGACACACCUCUCCCAACAGCCGUGGUGGGAGGGGAGGUGCUGGGUGAUGUUCCCCAGCCCCUAGAGUUGCUGUGGCCUGCCUCCAGACCACAGACCAGUGGUUGGGAACCACUGGGCUAAUCUGGUGACCCAUUUUCUAACAGUUAAAAUAAUUUGUAAAUUUUGUUCUAAGAGCUUCAGAUCCUACCAGCUAAGUUUAAAAUCCAGUUCUUACAAUAUCUGAAGGUUAUAAAGUCUGUGGUCUUCAUUCUUACUGAAGCCAAAAUUCCCAUAGACAGCAGUGGCAGUAAAGAUGAAAAAAACAGACCCCUCUCUGCAGUACUAAGUGUACCCAACAUGCACAAUCAAGUCUUUUUAAUAAUUAUGUUGGUGUUUCACUACCAGGUUGAUUGGCACAUUAUAAAUGUGUAGUGACACCAGAGGUACAAUUAUGCUAACUACUAAGAAACUAGGUCUAUACUGAAUGAUGUCUUUUUGUACGUUAGGUUUGUGCUCUACUUUUUGGAUGAAGUACAGUAGCUGCCAUUCAAAUAUUCCCAUCAAUAAAUUUGUAAAAGAUAAAGCGUAAAAUAAUUAAGAAAUGCCAUAUUAUACACUUCUAGACAACAGUUGUUAAUUGGUAAGUUUUUUAAAUGAGCAGUUUUCUAGAUGAGCAUCUGUAGGCUACCAAGUUAAAACUAAAGGAAACCAGUCUAGAUUUUAUGCUCUCAAAUGUCUAUCCCUUAAAAUAUUUUUCUGAAUUUGUAUGAAAAAGGAUUUAUUUGACAUGAUUUUAAAGUGAUCACUGCAGCAGGGAAUUAAUUAAAAAUAUAACUGGUGUCUUGUGUUGCCCAAAGUUUAAUAAAUCUAGUAGUGAAGGCUUGACAGUGCCUCUAUAAUAAGCUCUGAAAACAAUUCUUUUUUUUUUUUAGAAAUGAUCUAUUUUGGAAAAGCUUUGGAUAAGAACAAUAAAAUUUAAUUCCUCCUCACUUUGUUCCUGUAUAAUCAUUAUAUGCAUGUACACGUGACAAAGCUGUUUGGCAUUGACAAAACGUAUAUCUAGUUACUGGGAGGUCUUACGUUUAAAAUAUUAAUAUUUAUUUACAUUCUCUUAGGAAAAAAAUCCCCACAAGUUCGCUCAGAGCAGUGUUCUCUAGUGAUGUCAGGUUGUAGAGUCUUGUUAUUUUUCAUGUCCGUUGAUCAGUAAUAGAGACUAAGCGAAAUAAAUAGGAAAAAGUGAGCAGUCCAUUGGAAAUACUUGUAUUUCAGCAUAACUUUUUGGGAUAACAUUUGCUUAGCAGCUGCCUCAUCUUCCUCUCCUGAUUAUUGCAAAGAGAUGUGAGGUACACUCCGUGAGUAUUGCUGUCUAAACUUUGUUAUUUUUUUAAAUGAAAAUAGUAAUGAAAAUUUGCUCAUGCCUGUUCAAAGACUGUUGACUUCAGAGACAAAACCUAAGGGGAAAAUCCUGGCUUCUUUUAAAUACAUGGGAGUUUUGCCAUUGGCUUCAACGGGGCCAGGAUUUCACCUUAGCCUCAGAGGCAAUUUCCUUUCCUCCAGUCCCUCUUGAAUUUUUUGCUAACCUGCUAUUGGCUGUUUCUAUUUCCUGCACUCCAACCAUACCUGCAGCACCUCAGCAGAAAAAGCAAUGAUGCUCUCUAGGGCUUUGAUUUGCCCUACAGACACCAGAUCCUUCUUUCAUUACCAAAGUCCGUUUUUAGGUUUUGACAGAAUUCUUAGCAUUUUUGAAUUGUGUCCAAACUGUGUUGAACUUCCAUCACACUUCCCCACCCCUCAAUCAUUAGCUUUUGUAAUAAACUAGCUGCUUUCUGUGAAGCAAGUGGCAAUGGAAUCUUGGCUCUCUACUAACUAUGCUGAAAAACCUCUGGCUUCCCUUUCUAUAUCUGGGAAAGAUUAAGGAAGCAUAAAUCAGCCAUCUAGUUCUAGUUUGCAGUUUGUGCAAGUACGUUCCUGCGUAUAAGUGUGUGCACUAUUGUUAUAUGUUGAGAGACUCUGUUAGAUACUGAAAAGCUGAAAGAACAAUCACAUAAUUCACUAUUGACCCCUUUGUUGGAGUUUAGAGAUUGUAUAAUAGUGUCUCCAAAGACACAGUAGUGUAACCAAAGAAGUGAACGGUACUAUGCUCAGUUGAGACUGUCUUGGAAAUGUAUAUAGGAAGAAUUUAAUUACUGAAAUUGCAUUUUUGUAAGGACUCUUGAGCUGAUGCUUCUCUUGUGAAAAAUGCCAGUGGGUCUUUGAUGACCAAGAACCUCAGUUUCCAGUCUUGUCUGAAAAACAAAACCUCUAGCACCAUAAUGCGCCAUCACAGCAGGCUGGUACAUUAGGGCAAAACUUCCUAUUGAUUCAUAAAUACCAAUAAUAUUUUUUUCUAGUAGCUUUCACAUUCUAGUACUGACUGGUAACUGCUCUGCUUAGCCUUCAGAAUUGCAUCCCACCACAACAUGGUGCACCUUUCCCUUACACUGGCAAUGUUUCCCUGCUCAUUGCAAGGGUCAGUUCGUGGCCAGUAACCACUUGGUUAUGUUUCAUAGGAAUGAUUUUUGUCUCCAGGUUGAUUGUGGUGCUGAUGAGUGUUUGGAUAAUCUGUCAUUAAACAGCUGUAUCCUUGAAGGUAACUUCCCUACAUCUGGAUUAAUUUAGACCUCUUCCCAGUUGCCAAUGGGAUCUCCAGUUUCGCAAGACAGUCUAAAACAAGUUCAGCAAAUUCCCCAAAAAGCAGGCGUCCUCAGUGGAUUGUUCAGCAAAAAGUGCAAGAACCACAUUGGAUACUGGGUCUCAGUGAGGUAAUUAAAGCAAUGAUUAUAAUCACUGGCAGGAUGGCUGGCUUCUGCUAUUAGAGUGAUGCUAUUACAGUGCUAAUAUCACCAAGGUCACCAAAUUUCACUGUUUCCCAGUGGCUGGUGUGUCUGUUCCCACUUUGAGCAGUCAUGUGAUUAUAAUCAGAGAAUGGACAGAGCUAAAGACAUUCUUCUCAUCACAGAAUAUGUAUGAAAAGAAAACUAACUUUUUCCUGAAAAUUCCUGUAGAACUGCAGAGGCAAAACAGGAGAAGGGGGGAAAAAAAAGAAGUGAAAGGAUACAAUAAUUGAAUUUUGCCAGAUGAAGCAGGAAGUAAAUCCAUUCGCCAGUAAAGCAUGUCCAGCUGUCUACUGAAAACCAGACUGUUCAUAAUCCUACCUUAUUACUCAGUUGUGAUGGACCGGUUGUGGAAGAGAACCUAGGCGGCUCUUUCUUUUGGUAUUUCUUUUAAUUGUCUCCAUUUUUGAAAGAAUAGCACAGAAGUCUGAUAGUCUAGAAACAGAAUUUCUACGUUUAUUUCCAAUAAGUGACUCCUUCAAUUCUGAAUGAUGAUUUACAUCAGAGGAGAAUCAAGGUCUUUUCAUUAAAUAUUGUUGUAUUACCAUUUCAUUCUCCAGACAUGAUCUGAGAAACACUUUCUGUUGUGCUGUGAUGCCUAAGUCUCUGGAUCUGUUCCAGAUGAUAAGAGAUUAGAUAGACGAUCCUUUGAGAUUAGACAGUAGUCAGAAUAUAUUCAGAGUAUAGAUUCAUAGGCAUAAGGCCAACUAUGAUCAGCUAGUUUGACCUCCUAUAUAGCACAGGACAAGGAAUUUUUCUUACACGAUUUUUCCCCUCAAGUCUGUAACUUCUGAUGGAGGUAGACAGUCUCUCUUAGAAAGUCACUCAGUCUGGAUUUUUUAGUGCUUCAAAUGGCAGAAUCCAUUAGGGAAGUCACAAAUAUAAUAUUAGCCAUGUAAUUAAUAAAAAACACUGUCAGGAAUGUGUUAACUGCAGUGCUCAGAUGCUGACGCCUGGACCUGUAGGACUUGCAGCUGCCAGCUCUUGGCCAUGUGAUGCUGCCGGCCCAGGCCAUGUUGUGGCGGAUCUGGCUAGGCUGCUGGAGACUGCUCCAGACAGGGUAAUCAUCAGUUAACUGGUUACCUGUUUAUUAGUAAGGUUAACCAGUUACCUGUUUACAUUCCUAUAAUCCGAUACAUCCGUAGAUAAAUUGUUGUGAAAAAUCUGCACCUUUAUUUUUAGUCUGAAUGCUUCAGUUUCUAGCCAAUGGACCUUGCAAUAUCUCUGCUACAUUUAAAACCCUCUCUACUGUGUGAAGAGGGGUUGAAUGUGGCAAGGGAAGUGAGUAAUGGGAGAAGAUACCAUUCACACUUUCUGGUGCUGCAGGAAGAGCUGCAGAAACAACUACGAAAUUAGCAUCUUCCAUCUUGCUCUUCUGUCCUUUUUUUGUUUUGUUUUAAAGAAAAUAUAAUUAGACUGGGGGAGGCGGGAAGGGAGGAGAUGGCCCUUUUAAAAUUUAAGCAUAUAAAAUGAGUUAUAAUUUCUCACCACAUUUCUAAUGCUUUCAGAUUGAGGCUGCUGCUUUACUUUGCAAUAAAGCAAAAUUGAACAAACUGAGCCAUUUGAUUGGUGGAAUGCUCUUGGGCCCCGUUCGAUUAUAUGGCCCUCAAGCACAGGCCUAAUUUUAAGCUUUAGUUGAAUUACUCCUGCUUCAAGUUAGGUCUGCUCUUUACAGCAUUGUUGAAUUGGGGUCUUCAGUGUAUACAAAGAGAUCUUCAUUUACUAUUUGUCUCAUGCCUGAAUUAAAAACUCUCACCUCCGACAGUUUGCUUCUGGAAGUCUUGUAGAGAGAACCUGGCUAGCAUCCAGCUAUAAAAAAAGUUUUUCUUCCACUUCUUUGGCCCAUCACAAAUAAUAAAUAGUAAAAAUGAAUAUUAUUUCACCUCAUUCCAUGCAUGUCUGCAGUUUUUUAAAAGAAUGUUUGCCAGGCUGACAUAUAAAUUAGAACAAACAGCAAAAUUGCUUGCCUGACUCACUCCCACAUUGUUUUAGAUUAUUAAAGCUUAAAGAAUUUUAAAACCCUUGUUUUCUUUCCUCUAUUUAUACUGGCUGUUUGCUUUUCUCUGAGGUGAGGCAGUGAAAUAGGACUAGUUAACUUCAUGCUUAUUUCUAAUCACUUUAUUGCCCUGGUCCUCCUGCACUGAUGUGGGGACAUGAGGAUUAAAUUGGAAAUGCAGAGUAGAGAAACACAGGGCUGGACUAAGGGACUCUGGAGCCACAGACACAGUAUAACUUGUACCUCUGUCCUUGUAUCCCUGCCCUGUGCUAGCAUGGUGGUAGGAGGGCUCCUCCUCUGUCAGAGAGCCUGGGGCAGCAGCAUAAGGCCCAAUCUUUCCCAUAGAGCAGCAUCAGUGUUCUCCCAUCCAGACGUAGCUGCACCCUCCCCUAUGUACACAUCUCAUCUGUUUGGAUGGGUGACUAGAUUCACUGCACUAUUCACCUGCCUCACACACAGUCCUCUGUUGGGGUGGUGUUGACUGAAUCUCACAGAGCAGCACAUCUUGGAGUUAACAUUAUACUGAGACGCAUGAGGAAACUGACACCUUUCAGACCAUGUGCAGACUCAGGCAGACAUCUCUCAAUUGGUUACAUCUGUGCCAUACUUUUCAAACUUUUCUUCAUAACUAUGAGGGCUAGCAACUUCCUAGUGAAAGCUGUGGUUCUGAUGUGAUCAUCAUGUGGCUCCAGGAUCCAGAAUCCUAGUCAUAGGGUUAUAGUACCCAUAGCUUAAUCUAGCCCUAAGGAAAAUCUUUAAAAUUGAACAAAAAUGUACAUGGAAUUAAAAUAUUUCUAUCAAUAUUAGCUUUGUAUGUACUUUUAAAGAAUCCCCUGUCCAUUUUGUGCCUAAGGUGUUUGGCACUGUUAAUUUAAUGUUGUAUUAUAUUUUCACAACAGUGAAUGUUUGUCUUCUUGCCUUAUUGACUCUUCACAAAAGUUUUCAUUUGUCCAGCACUUUGUUUCAAGUGCUGACAUAUCAUUUUUAUACCUGGAAGUGACCUCAUAAAGUGAUGAUGUCAAAUAGAAAAUUCCAUUCUUUUCUAUAUAGAGAAUUUCCGUUCCUUGUGGUUGGCCUUGUGCUUUCUGGGUUACUUAAGGGAAUACAUUUUGACCACCUAGAUCUCUUAAAUGAAAUAAUCUGAAAGUGAGAGUAUGGAGCCUACAGAAUCUUUUCAUCAGAGACGACUUGUGUCAGACUUGGUGGUUGAAAAAUUUAAGUCCUCAUCUGAUGCUGAAGUGAAACAGUCGCUGUUCUGGCGAUGUAGGAGAAAGGACACUGAAUUUUGUGAAUAUAUACGCAGAUUACUUCAGAAUCCAUUGUUCAGGUCAUUCAUGAUAAGCGUCAUCUCACUCAACGGAGUGCUCUUGGUUCUGGAGACUGAUUAUGAUUUUAUGCAUAAUUUUUAUGCAUAUCUGGAGGUGGCCGAUCUGAUUAUUCUGUCCAUCUACACAAUGGAGAUUUUGCUGCAGUUAUAUGUGGAUCCCUUGAAUUACUGGAGGAGUGGCUAUCACCUGUUUGAUUUUAUCUUGCUUGUCAUUGCUUACCUCCCAUAUACCAUUGACAAAAAUGACGUCAGACACUACAGAACAUGGAGCAUAAUUAAUGGUUUCCAGGCACUCAAGAUUCUGAAGCUUAUCUCCUACAGCAGAGACAUGAGGGUGGAUGGCUGGACAGACUUACAGAAUGAAUUAGACCAACACGGUUUUAAAUCAAGCCGAGCUUUCACAAUAGUGUUCAUAUUGCUGGGGUUCUUUGUGUUUUUCAAUAUAUCUAUUGGAGUUGUGAUUAUGAAUAUCCAAGACUCCACUCAGAAUUAUGAACGAGAGCUUAAAGCAGAAAAACAAGCUGCUCUUCAGGCAAAAAAACAGGCCCUAUUACAAAGACAACAAGAGGAAGUAAACAUGCUAAUCCACCAGCAGAAAACCAGUGAGUAUAAAACCUUCAGUGAAUUAGUGGAGGACUUUAAAAAAACAUUACAUCAUUCUGAUCCUAUGGUCUUGGAAGAUUUUUGUGCCAGCAUUCCAUUUAUUGAUCUUUAUGUGACAUCCCUUGAUCUUCAGGAUGAUACAGUUUAUCGGUUACAAGAACUCUAUCAUGAACUUGUUGGCACGUUGAACUCCAUAUUGGAAGACAUAAGAGAAAAAUCCAUGGUGGCCCCGGAGACAGAUUUGAAGAGUUAAAUAUUCUAGUAUGGAAUAUGUAAUGCUUUGUCAUUGUAAAACCACUGUUUAAAAAGGGCAUAAACACACAUAAAUAGAAACUCAGAGGAGAUUUGUUUCCCCCUUUUGAUAAUGUA